CGGCGACAGCAUCAGAGAAUUGACCAUAGGCCCGCGACCCCGACGACGACGAAGAACAGUCCUGGCAAUUGGCGUGCCGCGACACCACACACACGUACGAGUAACCCAACACAAGAAUCAGUCUGCUCACGACACACACACGAUUACUAAUUGCCGGCAGCGAAGAACAGCCACAUCCAUUCCCCUUCGGGACUCGAUACAAUAAUAACCACCACCAGCCUCAUCAUCAACCAAACCCACCAUGCCGAUUGCGCCCAAGGCCGCACCUCUCUUCUGGGCCGGGCCCCUCCGGUACCUGCGCUGGUCUGCCCGCGAGAAGCCUGCGUACUUCUGGUCCGUCGUCGCCGGCUCCCUGGGCCCCAUCAUGCUCGUCACGGUCCCUCCCGUGCGCAAGAUGCUGGGCUACGAGAAGCGCGAGUUCAUCCCCAUGACAUAUCCGAUACCAACCGGCCCCAGAAAGCAGCUGAGCGGCUAUGACGAUUAAGUAUAUUAUAUCGAAAUGCGAGAACACAAAGGAGAGUCAUGUUCGGCCUGAUGCUCCUCUUUUUCAGGGACAGCAGUAGCAACACACGUUCAACCAUCCGAAGUUAAGGGUGGUAUUGAGCUCGAAAGAGGACUUGACGUUUAUGAACCUUGGAAUCUUUUGUACAUAAUCUCACGAGGCAAAUCAACGCAAGCUUCUCUCUUCCAUGCACG